UCGAAUUUUCUAUUCGAUCCAGACGCCAAAGUGUCCGUAAAAGGGAGAAUUGAGGCCUUUGAACGGGCAGCACGAAAAGCGCAAAGAAAAACUGAAUCUGCAGAAAAAGAAAAGAUCGCAGAGAAAGCAAUUGUUAGAAAAUUAGCACGAAGAUCGGUUAAAAAGGCGAAAAAAAUUUUAUUAGCGAAACAGAAUAAGGAGGAUCAGAUGAUUACAUCGCAGGUAACAUUACAAACAAUAUCAAAGUAAAAUAAUAUCAAAGUUUGGACGUGAAUCCAAUUUCCAGGCAAAUGCCCAGACAUAUUCAAGUGGAUGACAUAGACAAGGCUAGGCGAAUAGUAGCCGAAUUCAGAAAACCGUUUUGUCAACUGUUGGGCGACAACAAAGUUGACCUCGUGGACAAGAAGAACUUUCACGAAACCGAUACUCUGAGGAGGGUAAAAUCCACCGAUCCUGUGCCUCAUAUCACAGAGAUUAGCACGAGGAAUCUGUAUCCGCAUGGCCUUUGCGAUAAGUCGAACACUCAGUCGAACACUCAGUCGAACAGCCGAGACACGUUCGAAUUGGUGCUUGGAACGCAGACGUCCCAUCGAAGGUCUAGGUUUCUGGAGGGCCUUUUGGGCGACGUCGGGCUUCAGAAUCUGGUAGAACAGAGGACCAGAGUAGCAACGUUUCCGCCCACCCAGUUUGAGGAAGAAGCACCGCAGAACAUGGGUGGCAUCGAUAGCGGUUCUACGUCGAACAGCUUCAACGUCGAUGACCCCUGGGAGCAGGACACCUUAUAGAGAGAAAUUCUCCGGCGAGGGAGUUUAAGAAAUGCCAGGUCCCUGGAGAAUUUGGGCAGUCCACCAAGACCGACCAUAUCUAGUUCGGACUCGGAUGGACGAAACAAAAGCAUUCGUGGUGCAACUUUUAAUAGAGAAAUAAUACUUUAGAGACUAGAAAUGGGUCAACCGUGUCGAAAAUAUAAAGUUAACGAACCAAUGUCAAGAUUUAGGAUAAGAUACCAUAAAGAUGAAAUAACGUAUAAAAUAAAAAAACCUGAACAAGUUACGAAAGUAUUGUAAAGUGGUAUUGCAAUUGUACUUUUCUAAAACAAAUCUGAAUCAUAAUGAUAAAUGUUUAUGAGCUAUGAUAUUUUUAAAUGCUCGGACGGUUAAGCCUGAUGUUGGAACAUUGUUAGUUUCUCUUGAUUCAGGAUAUGUACAAGUGUGGACUCAUCACCCUGAUGCUGGAUUUCUACAAGCUUUCUCAGUUAUUCAUUCUAAACGUGAUUGUGCAUUAGCAUUAGCAACUGAUUCUAAAAAUUAUUUUCUUGUAACAGGUAAAAAAGGAAUGCAUUUAAU